AUGCCCAAAUGCCGGCAUCCCCUGAGCUCCAACAAAAGUUUAAAACACAACUUAGGAGGCCUUUCCUUUGAGCCCUGCAAGUCUUGCGCCAGGGCCGUGCUGCCGUGGGUCUUCCAGCAGGUGGAUCAAAUCGGACGCCUUGGAGAGCUUCGGCUUCUGAAGCUCCUCGUCGAGUCCGCGAUGCAUCGCUGGAUGUACACGAACAUGCGGGUGGUGGGCCAAGGACAGUUUGGGACAGUGAUGCAGAGCGGCGUCACUUUGGGGAACCAGAACCUCCAGGUUGCCAUCAAGCACAUCCCCAAGCAAACCAACAUCCAGGACCGUUGUGUGUUGGUUGACGUCUUCAACGAAAUCACUUGCUUGGACACAGUGCGAUUCGAGGACCACGUUUGCCAGAUCUAUGACUUCGGUGUGGAAGAGUCCUGCUACUGGAUUGUAAUGAAGUGCUACGGCACCACGCUGAAGAGGUGGCGUGAGCAACUCGUUGGGACUUUGAGCGACCAUCUUCCCGUGCUGCUGACAGUCUUCAAGCAGAUCCUGGAGGCAGUAGCAGCGCUCCACAAGCACGACAUCGUUCACUACGAUCUGAAGUGCGACAAUAUCAUGAUUGAAGCGGCUCACAAGUGUGGCGCUGAGAGCUUUGAUGAUUCCUCUCUUGAUCAUUGUCUCCUGCCGAACCUUGUUAAGCAAUAUUGGGCGGCCCACGCUGCAGCAAACAUCAGCAAACUGACCUUGACGAUGAAACUGGACGGGAACUGGACUAGUUUUCAGUCAACUACUCGUAGCAGCAAGCGCAGCGUCCCCGAAGCUAGCAAGGCCACGAUUGUGGGGUUUAAGGCAGUUUAA